UAGAUACCAUCGCGUCGMAGCAUUGACUCACAUUCCAAACUUUUUCAACUAUUACCUGUUUAAAGAAAGCAUUUCUAAGACCAUGGCUUUUGCAUAUCAUAUGGAGGCUUUAAGGAAACAGAGAGUAAUGGAUAGAAGACACWCAGCUUUAGCGAGAAUCGCGAUUUUACAGGCUGAAGAAGAGAGAAUCAAAAAGGAGCAAGAAGAACGAACCAAACGCAUCCGACAGGAACAAGAGAUCAUGAAGUCAAAAGAAAGAGAUCAAUAUCUGAAGAGUAUGGGACGCACUAGCAAAACAAAGCAAGGAGUAAUAAAUGCUAAUUAUACAAAUAUGCUUGAAGACCAAAAGAAGUGGAUAGCACAAAAAGAUCUGAAACACCAGGAAAAGGUUUUGCGAGACCACUGUCUUGUCAUGGGUCAUGUGAAUGAGUAUUUCCUGUCUUAAAACAAAACUAUAAAAAGACACAUUGAAAUGAUGUUUUGAAAUACAGAAUACCAAUGGAGAAGGUUUUCUGGCUUUACAAUGUUAUCACUGGUGAAUGAAUGAAAGAUCAUUUUGCAACUAAGUUUUUUAUUGUAUAGUACGUCAGGUUUUAUAUGAUUACAAGUCAAAAAUAUGCCUCCAUAUCUUUAAUAUAUAUAAUUAAACGUUUUGUUGGUUUUGUGUAUGAAUAACAUAAAAUAAAGUUUGUAAAAAUAAAAGAUUAAAUUCCAAAUU